UGCUAAAAGAAAUUAUUCCCGAGCAUGUAUUGAAAAAAAAGAGGAAAAAAAAUAAGGACAGAGAAGAACUUUGUAAUUAAAAGAUUUCUAUGUUUUCUCUGUCUCUUUCACGUUUAGGCUUAGCCAUUAUUGUUAAUCUCUCUUAAUGCCUCAGCAUUAUUCAGGUCAAUUAUGGCGACUAUUAAGCAAGGAGCGAGGGAAUCAACAGGAUGGUAUCUCGAAUUCUGGUUCAGAGAUUGCAAUGUUGGUAUAUGACUUUUGCAGCCUCCUUUAUGCGAAUUUGAGUUUUUCAAAUUCCCUUGUUAGAAUUCAUGGUGCUACACCGAUUAGACGAAUCAGUUUUCACAAUCAAGCACAACAAACAAUGGCUGCUCGUAUCCUUGUUAGAAUUCAUGGUUCUACACCGGUCACUGCACAAACCAGAUUCCACAAUCAAGCCCAACCAACAAUGGCUGCAUGUAUUGCCAGUGGAUCAACAUAUUGCUGAAUUUGAACCAAAGGAAGGAUAGUGAAUACAAUAGCAGCUAAGAGAAAUAAUGGUCGAAAGGAAGAUAUAUCUGAUUGAAUUGAUUGGCUGCUUAAUUUUAUGAACAAAACUGAGAUUAAGGAAAUUGUAUGAAGCUUUUGAGAAAUUCUAUAUGCUUGAGUUAAUGAUGAGAUUAUUGUUGUCUUUAA